AUGGCAAUCGUAUGUACAACUCUCUUUGCUACAAUUGUUUAUCGUGUUCAAAUGGAUUAUAUUUUGAAACAAACAUCGGCAAAAGAAUACUCAUCAAUUAUAAUAACUGUUACUAGUGCUGUUAUGAAUCUUAUUUGUUCUCUUAUAUUAUCUCAAUUUUAUUAUUGGGUUGCAAGAAGAUUAACUGAUCUUGAACUUCAUAAAUAUCAAUCAAAAUAUGAUGAUUCAUUAGCAAUAAAAAUAUAUCUUUUUCAAUUUGUUAAUUUUUAUUCAUCAUUAUUUUAUAUAGCCUUUUUUAAAGGACGAUUUGAUGAAUAUCCAUCGAAAUAUGGUGAACCAAGUUCAAAAGAUUUUACAGAACAGUGCGAUCCAGCUGGUUGUUUUGUGGAACUUUCUAUUCAAUUUUUAAUCAUUAUGACUGGUAAACAAAUCAUAAACAAUCUAAUUGAAUUCCUAUUUGCAAUGUGUGGUGCAUGUGUAUGUCGCAAUCGAGAUAAAAAUACAAAAAUUGAACAAUGGGAAAUAGAUAAAGAUUUAAACAAUUUUGAAUCAACUACAUUAAUUGAUGAAUAUCUUGAAUUAGUUAUUCAAUUUGGUUUUGUUACUUUAUUUGUCGUUGCUUUCCCAUUAGCACCAUUAUUUGCAUUGAUUAAUAAUUUAAUUGAAGUACGUUUGGAUGCAUGGAAAUUUUUAUCUAAAUAUAAACGACCGAUUCCACAUAAAGCAUCUGAUAUUGGAAUUUGGAGUGAUAUUAUUUCAGCUGUAUCAUUUUUAGCUGUAUUAACUAAUGCAGUAGUUAUUGCUUGGACAUCGGACUUUAUUCCGCAAAUGGCUUAUCGUGCUUUACAAUCAGGAGGGACAGGCUUGAAUGGUUAUGUUAAUUGGACACUUUCAUCUUUUCCUAUAGCAGAUUAUAAUCAAACGGGUACAAUGCCAUCAGGUGCACCGUCUGGUUUGACAUAUUGCCGUUAUCGAGAUUUUCGUGAAUCAACUGGUCCAUCUUAUUCUCACACAUCUGUUUAUUGGAAUAUAACUGCUGCUCGUCUUGUGUUCAUUAUUCUUUUUGAACAUAUUAUUUUUAUAUUUAUUUAUUUAAUGCAAUGGUUAGUACCGGAUGUACCAAAAACAAUUCAAGAUAAAAUUGCGCAUGAACGUUAUAUUGAUCAACGUGAACGAUGGGCAAGUAAAACAUAUGAAGAAAAUAUUCAACGAUCAAUCCAUAGUUCUCAAGUGACACCAAUAAACGUCAACAGUCCAAAUUAUGAUGCUAAAUCUUCUCUUAAUAUUAAAUCUCCUAUUAAUAUUAAAUCUUCUGUUAAUGUUAAAUCUUCUACUAGACAAUCAAAGCAAAAAACAAUAUUUCAAACAAGAGUAUCACCAGCAGAUAUACCCUGA